AGUUUCCGGUUUUCAAAUUGCCCCGCUGUUAUUUGACAUGUUAUUUGACAUCUGAUGCACCAUGCAUAUACGAGGCGGACGGUUAUCAAAUGCCCGAUUCUGCGCGCCCGAAAAGCGCUAACAGCACCUGAAGUGUUGGUGACUCUUGAGGUCGCUUUCAGUGAUUAUGCUUUUGAACUGGCAGUAGUACUGAUGCAGAAUUGCUCAGUACUGAUGACCUGCGAGUUGCUGAUUGGGAGGAGGGGGGCAUUUUCUUGACUUGGUGACAUGAAUGCUGAUCAGAAAGGAGCUUGGCUGGAGCUGAAAGAACUUCAUUCCUCCCUGAAUGACUUGAAGGACAAGCUAAACAGGACUGGCCAGAAAAUUUCAGCUGCUUCUUCUUCCGGGCCGAUUGAGUUCAACUUUACCUCCCGGCCAAGCUCUGGGGAGGCUAUAUCCAUUACUAAUUUUGUACACUCAUCAAGGACUGCUGCUACUUCUGCUUCAUCCUUGGUCAGCCCAAGGAAAUGCAAGCAAAUUUCUCAAAGCCCAGGAAGCACUGCUAUAAAUGGUCUGUCAUCACCACAAGCCCAGUCAGCAGAGGAAUGCCAUGUUUCAUUGCAGCCAUCAUCGAUAAAAAAUGUGGCAUUUCUGCACCAUGAUGAAUUGGACUUCAUGCGCUCACUUCGACAGUCCAGCACUCGAAGCAGCUUUGUUCCCUCGGCGGCUGCCAUUACGACUGCUGCCAAUGUUACAUUUACUGUAGGUGGCAUCAUAACGAAGAACAAUGCAAGCAGUAGUGGGCUUCAUGUAAGGAAAGCACAUUAUAUUAAUGAUGAAGCUGGUAGACUGCUGAAACAGGGACCACGAAAUUCUGGUAGCAAGACUUUAUCAGGUAGCAGCAGGAAGCUCCGUAGGUUGGUUGAAAAGCAGAAGAAUGUGGCAGAGCAUCGACACAGAAAAGCCAAAUCCCCGCAACAUCAGGCUGAUUGCAAUGGAAACCACGUUGAUGUCCGUGCGUCUCAAGCUACCACACGAGGACAGUCAACAAAGCUUGUGGACGCUUCUACCUGCUGUAGACCCAGCAUCACCACUAUUGCCACUAACACCUCAAUGACUAUGGCUGUUGGAUUUUCUGAGCCAUCUGGAAAACAGCUUUUGGAAGAUGAAAACACCUUACGGAGAAACAGUGCUUUCUCAGAAAUGGGUGAAAACGUAAGCUUGUGCUCACAAGAUUGUGUGGAGGAGUAUCUCGAAUAUCUGAAGAAGAGAAACACUGUGGGACAGGAUGCAAAGAAGCCUUUGCCAUGCACAGCUUCAACUGUGCUGGAGAAUGGACCUUACAGGCAUGAAAAUUUUCCUGAAGAUGAGCACAUUGAUUUGGCUUCGACUGAAGUUUUUAUUGACCCUGUCUGGAAGCGAAAAUUUGCCUCUCUACCUCAACCAAAGGAAUAUAGAGGGUUUUCUCUUCAAGUUGAUGCAUCCACACGAAAGAAAGUUCAACAGCUUUCAAGCAAAAUACACAAGCCAGAAGGUGCUGGUGAGCUACCUUUCACAGCUGUUGAAAGAAAUAAGCCAAAUGCUCAAUCUACAGGAGCAAUUCAGCAUGGAUGUCUUGAGACUGAAGAAAAGACCAAUGCUGGGGCCCAUCCUGUGAAACCACCAGUAAUCACACCGACCAGUUGGAAAAAGGGCAGGAACUUAGCCUUGAGGAUACAUGGCCCCUACCCACCUUCUUCAUCGGGGAAAGCAGCAGCAGUUUCAGAAAAGCAGUCUGGGAAUGGUGCUACCAAAGACCGUACUCAAGUGGAGCAACUUCGCGCUAUAGGAGCUUAUGGUGAGAAGUACAUUGUGCCUAAUGAAGACAGGAUUUUAGCUCUAAGGAACUUGGAGAAAAGUCGGAGUGUUAAAAGAAAAGCACAGCACCAUAUGGAACCAGAAGGAAAUUCACCUGCACGAGCCACUAAAGUACGGCACUAUGAUGCGCCCGCAGUCCGUGACUUCAUCAGGAAACAGAAGUUGGGUUGGAAACUGGAGAAGCAUAAGGCUGAGCAAAGAACAGAGGACACUGCUCGAACAAGAGAGCUACGCUUGGAGAAGCUGUAUGCUUUUCAGCGGAAGACUGCAUGCGACAGUGCUCGCAUUGGCCGGUGUAAAAUGAGUCGCCAGCAGGAAGAUGAAAAGGUUGUCCAUGAGUUUGUCAGACAUUUGAAGUCUAUGCAAGAUAUGCCUGACUUUGACCAGGAGGAUAAUUCCCCUCGAAGUUUAGCUCCUAGUAGUAAUGUUGGAGUAGCUGACAGUGGUCAUGAUUCUUGCCAACCACAUAUUCAGUUGCAAAGAGAUCAGGAGGUUCAGGCUGGAAAGGCAAGCUCCGACACUACUUUGGUUGGUCAUGGCAGCAAAGACAAGUGCCCGUUGAGGCACUCGGCCGACCACCCAAAUCUUUUGUCGAACCAAUCACAGUGCGAUGAAAGUGAUUUCUUGGAGAAACCACUGGAGGGCCAGCUAGCUACUGCACAUUAUGAUUUUGGAACAUCAAGUCUUGUUGAUUGUGAGAAACAGGGGUUACAGAAACAAGAAUUUCAGUACAAACCAACGGAGCAGGUUCUCCGCCUUGAACGAAUUACUGCGGAAAUUAAUAGGACACUGGAUGAACAUUUGCACUUAUUGACUUGUAACACUGCCUUUCAAGUGCCAGAAUAUGGUGGACACCAUGCUUCUGGAAUCACUGAGAGGCUUCAAAUGAUGUUAUCUGAAGUACAUGAAACUUUGUAUGGUCCACCUGAAGCACAUGAUUCUGUUGAUCGAAGCAUGCCAUUUGAAGACACUUCAGACAAAGCACCAAGCACCGCUGUGCUCACCCAAGUGCAGAAUGAAGCUGCAAGGAAGAUACAAAAUUUCUUUCGCAAGGUUCAGAAUCGCAAAGAAAUGCUUGGAAAAGAUGACCACAAAUAUGAAAAGCGUGGGGUGAAUGCACUGAGCUGCAUUUUUGAAGAGUCUGCACUAGCACAGAGGGAGUCUAGUCCAAGAGGUAGCACUACCAGCACAGAGCUGUCGGCACCUUAUGAAGAGCCUUCGCACCACCUCAUGCCCGACCCAAAUACCAUUGCCAGAGCCUGGAAAAACAAAUUUGCAAAAGCAUUUCUUACCAGCACACGACUAGGAGACGAGCUUUCCCUGCCAAGCAUCAACCUAAGUACAGUGGCCACUUCAGGUGCUCUCACUCCAGGAAAAGUUUUGGCUCACCAGACUCAGUCAGAGAGCUUACAAGAAAGGGUGCAAACAUCUGGAGGCACAUCAGCCGAGGACCUGACGUCUUUACUUGAGAAGGGCACUGCUCAACACAGCAGCAUUUCCGCAAGCUACACAUGUGGUACAAAGUUGCUUUCGAAAUCUGAAGCUGCCACUGAAAAGAUGGGGGUGCUGCCUGUUAAACCAGCAAGCACAGAAACAGACUCCCGGCCUUUUACGAAGUCACUCUUGAACCCCAAGAAAGCUUUUAAAAAGUCUUCUAGGCAAAAUCUUCAGCAACAGCAGCCUAGUGAAAAUACAGAGACUUCACUGGUGCCUGUGACUGACUCUAACAUAGCCAGCAGGCAUCUGAGUGGUUUUGAGAGGCCUGAACCAAAGCAAGCAAGUUUGAACAACGACAAAGCCUGGGUCUUACUUGAAGCUCAAGCAAAGGCCCUUCAAGCAUCAGCAGAAACAGCACGGCACUUGGCACAAGUCCGUGCCCCAUCUUUGCUGGAGCUUCAUGGAGAAAACAUGGUGCAGCAGCUUACAGCCAAUACUGUUCUAGCUGCAUCUGCAUUGGCAGCUGCCUUGGCCAGCCAGAGACCUGACUGGCAGGUGUCGAUUACAAGUGACAAAAGUGCUCACCGGAGGACGCGGGCAUCAUCAUCCUCGUCCACAGCAUCACAACCCACAGAUGCUGGCUUUGAAUCCAUUGACAAAACAUCUCCACAGAGUUCAGCUGAGGAGAGUGGUUCGCCACCAACCGAAGACAAUAGCAAGGAAGUUCAGGAGACCCAAGCCAAGUCUCAGCAAGAUGAUGAUAAUGUUGGUGCAUGUGGGUCAGACAGAAGUGCUUCUUCAGCUUCUGUAUCAGAGGAGCUGGACACAUUGGGAUUAAGUGAUUCAAGUCAGAACAACAGGAUAUCGAAGUCAAGCACAUCUAAGAAAUGGCAACCAAAAAACGCGGCUCCCCUCUCUCUAGACAGCAGUGCCACUGAGGAUUCUGCCGGGGCCUCCAAUCCACAACAGGCAUGGAGCCAGAGCUCCCUGAGUGAAACAGUCCUGCUGGACCGGGAUUUGUGUAGUUAUGGCUCAUUGAUGGACCCACUCGGUGGAAGGUCAUCCAUUAAAGAAGAAAUCGAGGGAGGGGAUCAGCCACCUCUGGCACUGCUGCGCCUUCAGGAGCGCGACCUUAUUGAGCGUGCACGAGCAGACCUCACUUGGAUUGAGGUUCUCAAAAGGAAGUGUCGGGAAAAAGGCUCUGAAGAAAAGCUGCCAGCACUGCGCAAGAGGCAACGAGCUAUUCUCAUCAGGCUACACCAGAAACGGACAGAACUGAAGGCACUUCAGAGCCGCUGUCUUACACAGAGUCAUGAAGCUACUAGUCAUGCUUCAGUAUCAAAUGGGACUUCUGUUCCAAUGUACAAUGCUUCUAGAGUUCCUGAUGGUUCUACCAGUGGCAUGCACUCAAGUGGCAAUAGUGAAACUCGUGUGGCAUCAUUGCUCAGUGACCAACUCGGUGACCAACUCAGUGACCAGUCUAAGGAAUCGUCCCAAGCUGAAGAGAUUCCAAUCAAGGUUGAACAGAAGUCAUCACUAGUCAACAGCUAUAUUUCAACAUUUGAGAGCAGUAGCACUUUUCCAGAGAUCCAGGAGGACUCAACUCAUUUAAAGCUCAAUGCCAGUAAACGGUUCUUGGAAAAGCGGCAGCAAAAGUUGCAGGAUCGACGCAAGAAUGUGCAGCAAUUGCUCGAGUGGCAGAGGAAGCUCAAUGCACAGGAGGCAAGUGUACGUGCCCUUGAGCGCAGAGCCCUUGCUAGGCUUAGGGGACGUGGUGCGAAGACUCCACUGCAGAGCAAAUCGGACACACCUGUCAUAGCAGCUCCAUCUCAAGCAGAGAUGGCAACUUCCAGAUCUAGAAGUGGUGGAGAAGUAAAAAGUUCAACAUAUCCUGAAGAUUCCUCAAUAGAGGAAGAAGUGUCUGAAGAAGUGGAUAUUAAGGCCGCGCCAACAACAGAAUCCAUACAGGAAGAGGCAGCUGGGACAGAACCAACAAGUGGUGGCCAGCUUGAAUCAACUAUUGACAGCAAGGUUGUGGCAUCAGCUUCCUCUGAGGCAGAGGUCUCAACGCAGACUGAAAAUAUCAUUCAGUGUAGUAGCAGCAGUGGCCCCAAGAGCUUGAUGCUUAUCAAGAAGCCAUUAGUAGUCAGAAGAAAAAUUCGGCGGGACUCUAGUGGCUCUGAAGAUUCUUUCAACGUGUCACUUUCUGAAACCGCCUCGGACCAGAGUGACAUUGAGUGCCGAAUUAUAGCACUAAGUCAGGAACUCAAGAGGCGGCAGUUAGAGGCAGAGCAGCUCAAGCGGGAACAAAGACGUCGGCGCACUGAAGUGCUUCGUGAACGGGAGGAAUCUCUCAAGAAGCACAUAGAGCUGUAUGAUAAACUGAUUCAACAAGCAAAGGAGGAGCUAGAGAAGGAGCUUGACAUUGCUCAGCAUGAGAAAGCACCAUUUGUAAAGCCACAGAUCAAGAAGCCUCGUGCUGCUGAGCAGCGCAAGCACCGGCUUGUGCAGUUGAGCUCUUCCGAAAGUCUGACACAGCCAGCCUCGGCACUGCAAAGCAAGGACUCUAAACCAUGCACUGAGUCAGCAGUGGAAACGUUGACUGGAUCUUCAAAAAAAUCUGAAUCUGAAAUUGGUACCGAGGAAGAGCAAUCCAAUGAAGCCUCUUCAUUUGUCUCAUCUGGCACCGAGGAGUUGACUCCCAAAUUAGCUACUCCAUCUGUUACUGAUAAGUCAGGCCCAAGGACAUCGGCGUCAUCUGCUAGUUCUGAAAUUGGGGAUGAGCUAAGCAGUAAGGAAGUUUCUGUAUCUGCUUCUAAAAGGGGCACUGAACAGCCUGAGGCAACAUCUUCAUAUGCUAGUUCCAAGGCUGCUGAAGAACCAUCUCCCAUUUCUGAGAUUGAACCAGAUGCUGAAGACCCUUCAUCCAUUAGUGUAAGAGCCACUAAUGAGCUACUGGCCCAAGAUAAUACUUCGGUUCUUGACAGGACUUCUAAGCCUGAUAUUAACGCAAGUGAUGCUUCUCUGAAGAGCAGUACUGAUCCAACAUCUAAGACUCAACGUGCCACUGACAGAGACAAGACUUUGUUGAGUGAUGAUGACGUCAGUGAACACAUCAGCGCAACAGCAUCAGAAAGUCUUUUAUAUGAAGGAGAUGUAGAAGAUAAGGUCAGUUUGACUGAACAGCCUGUGGGAGAGGUUAAUUUACCUGCCAUGGACAUGUUUGAGUUCCAGAAUGACACAACUUCUGAGGGAAUACUUCCUUCUAUUGGCGACAAUGAAACAUCUUUGAGCCAUGAAGUCAAAAACCUGUUAAAUCAGAGCCCAGACGAGCAGCCUUCUGAUGAAAUGGCACAAGCAUUUCAAAAGCAUCCUUGUGAAAAACCAUUACGUCAUGCUGAAAACCUGAGCAAGGUAGAUGGGCUUAAAGAGGCUUCAAGUCCUGCUAGCGUCAAGGCUGUUGAUGCUCCGGCCACUCUGUCUAGCUUGGAGGAUGAGUCAGCACUCACAGAGGAGGUAGCUGAGUACACAGAAGAGAUUGUGCACAGUAUAGUCAUAAAUUCAAGCCUGUCUCAUGAAGAAGCAAUCGAAAAAGGCAAGGUUGAUAAGGCAAUCAAUAGCAUUCUUUGUUAUCUUCUAGAGGAUACCAUCAAAGCCCUCGUAGGCAGGAAGGACUCUUCUGUACCAUUUGCUGAAGAAUAUGUGACAGUGAAAACAGCUUCAUCUAAUGAAAUUGCCAAAAUAACGCAUGGUGAAUGUACGCUCAUACCAGGUGUACCUGCGUCAUUAAAUGAAGUGGUGCUGUUGGCCACAGAGAGGAGCACAGAUGAUCUCUACGUUCACGUCACCAGGAGAGAAAAAUUGGCUGGUGCUGCUGAAGUCAAGAUUGCAAAAACAUCUGAGCAACUUGAAAGCUCUCUGCCAGCUGAUCAGCCUUGGGCUACUGAUGUGAUCAAUGCCAUUUCUGAGCAGCUGGUUUCUGAGGCAAUAGACUUUGUAGUAGGCAUUGCAAAGGAGAAGGGACUGCUCACAGCCAUGUCUGUUGAAAGUGACAGUCACAAGUCUAAUGUAAGCCAGAAGGUGAGUGCGAUCCUUGCGACCAUUGAAGAGACAAGGAACAGUCGCGAGCACCAGAGGCCACAAGACCUGAUGGUACUUUCAACGGAUCUUGACGAUGAGGAGUUUUCCUGGAAGGAUGCUUCAACCACUCCAAUUUUGACCUUGAGUGACGAUGCACCUGCAGAGAUAGAACCAAAGGAGCUCUGUUCGCGAGCCGUGCAGGCUGAAGACUGCUUUUUGUCAACAACCUCAGAGCAGGACUGGUUUGAUGAUGACUUUGGCUUAGGGCGCUCUGGUGACAAUGCUUUGGCCUAUCAACGACGUAUUCCAAACAAGCCACCACCUCCUUACAGUCCCCCCAAGAGUGGUUUUAUGUCAAGGCUGUUUUCUGAGGCUGUUUGGAAAGUACCUAACAUGGAGGCUGAACUGUUUGCCUUGGUACAAAAGGCAGCCGCCUCUAUUUAUACAACAGCUUUGCAAGGAAAAGGUCUUGCCAACUUGACCUUUAGCCCCGAGUGUGUCAGUGAAAAGGCUGGUGCAUCAGGGAUUGAUAGAGAUAGCUACCGAGCCUACUGUGAGUUCCUGUUUGAUCUCGUAAAAGAGACAGCACAAGAAAUUUUCUGCACUGAAGCCACAGAUACUUCUCCACCAUCCUGGCAGCGAAAUGUGCGUCUUAGGAGAAAGCAACCUUUGCCGGCUACACUUGAAUCUUUUGUCUCUAUUGUGGGAAGCAAGGUGAUGUCGGUGCCAGGACUCCAUGAAAAUUCUGAACUUGCAUUCCGCAACUUUGAUGAUCAAGGACUGAAUUUUGUGGACAUUCUUCUCUCUUCCGAAGCUCGAGGAGAAGAGUCUGAGUGGGUGGAUUACAGCCGCGAGGAAGUCAUUGUCAAAGACCAGGUGGCCAAUGCGAUUUUUCACCUGUUGGUGGAUGACACCCUUGAAACUCUGAAGUCACUUUGGCAGUUCAGAUGACAGAUAGUAUAGCCCACGGUUCUGUUCAGUUUUUUGACGCAGCAUGCUCAGUGACUGCAGUGAAUAUUCUUCUGUAGAAGGACAAUUUGUGGAAGGCAUUUACUGCUUGAUUAUAGGCAUCCUGCACCAGUCAGACUGACUGCUGGUAGUAGAAUUUGCUGGUCAGAUAAUCAUGUUUUCAGACUUGAGAGCAGUUUACACAAAAUGAUAUCACUUAACUAGAGGUGGGUGAAUAUUACAUUUUUGAAUACGAAUUGAAUACAAAAAGGAAGUAUCGAAUAUGGCAUCAAAUAUUGAUUAGUCUAAUGCAGACGCACAUAUUUGUAGAAGGAAUAUUUAUUUCGGUAUAAUUAGGUACCAUGUCUCUACUGACUAGUACAAAAAAGAGAGCUAAUUAUCAGGCACAAAGGAUCAGUUCUAAACAUGGUUACUAAUUGUCCUUAAGAAACUAUGAAUAGCCUCUCAACCAUAUUAGAGACUGGUUGCAAACAAGCUUUCAGAGAAAUAAUGGCUGCUUUAUGACUAGCUUUCCAUAAACGCUAAAUAAAUGGCUGCCGAGAAAAAGGUUAGAAGUGGAAAAAGAGAACUAGUUCUGCUGAGGGACUUCUGUGCUGUAGACACAUGUACAAGGGCCCAUCGCAAGGAAAACAUCGCAGGUUGUAGCAUAAAAGAUAAAACUGCUGCACAACUAGACUGCCAGUAAUGUUAAAUAACAGACAAGCAAACAACGCAGGUUCGUGUAAAACCCAUUGUUUCAUGUGAUCAGGAAAGAGGCACACUCCCUGCUCAAAGAAACAACUCUUUCAGCUCUCCAGCCACGCAGAGCACGUCACUGUUGAUCAGGCUUUUGCCAUGAAACCGAAAACAAAGCUUGCAUUACACAUUUUGUUUUUGCAUUGCUUCAAGAACUUUUGUCAUUGUUUCAUUUGUAAUAAUUUCCGGUACUUUGUUUAGAAGACCAGUAUUCAGACUUUCACAUUCGACUUUUGUGAAAUAUUUGGUUAUUUUCAAAUAAUCGUAAUGCUGAAUAGUUCCUUUUCAAAUACAAAUGUAGUUAGUGUUCAGUAUUCAAUUCGUAUUUGAAAAUUUUGAAUAUUUCCUCUCCCCCACUUUUACAAAUGUGCUAUUUUCAACUGUGGGACUGCUCAGCCAGACAGAGCGAGAAGUGGUAGCAGAUUUUGCCACAAGUUGAUCUUGUUCUCAUUCUCAAUUGCCAUUUGUGAAAGCUUGCAGAAUAAAUUGAAUUUUUCGUU